UACGCACACCCUGCGAAUUAUUCUGUCAUGGAACGUGUUUCAGAAUUGAAUCCACCCGUUGACCAGUGAACGUUCUUGCCGAAUAACUGUACAUUAUUUAUGACUGUUCCGAUAAAGGAUUGUGCGGCAUCCUACAACAAGUGAGAAAAUUUAUAGUGAAAACUAGACUUUUACACCUUUAAUUUUGAAUUUCUCAAAAAAAAGUGAAACUACAGAACAAGUGAUUGUAAGUGAACGAUACGACGAUAACAUUAUUGUGGGGAAGCAAACGUGUAAACACUGCAACGAACGCUGAACGGCAUAGAAAUUAAAAAAGAGUUUAAAAUAUUCAAUUCGGAGAUCCUGUGAAAAUUUGAGGAUAUUGCAAACGCUAUAAGAAAAGUUAAAUUCUAUGACAGGAUAAUCGACUCCUCGCGCGUAGCAAAGAUGGCCGAGUUGAAGGAGCAACCAAUCAGAAGAGAGCACGAUUCGAUGGACGAUUUUGAGCAUCUCGAGCAUGUCCAGGAUGGACAAUCGAGUCAAAUCGAAACUCAUAUCGAAAAAGUACAAAGUGCUCUGGAACCGAACAUGAAUACGGAAAAAGACAUGAUUAGCUUUUCCCCUAAUCAAUCGUCAAGCGAGCCGGAAGACUCUAAGACGGCAACAGCGUUACUAUUGGAGUCUGAAAAAGCUAGACCGGUCGAGGAAUGUAAAUUUGAGGUUAGAUCGAAAGAACCGGAAUCUGAUUUAGAAACACAGUUAGAAAUUACGAAUACCGAACCAGUUUUCAGAAAAGAGGAGGAAAAGCUCCAAACAGAAACGAAAGAAGAAGGAAAUAAAGAAAUUGUUAAAAGUGCUAACCACGAACCAGAGAUCGUUUCUGCCGGUGAAAAGAAACCGGACGACUCGUGGAAUGUUGUAGAAAAGCCUGAACUUGUUUCAGAGAAACCUGAAUCCGUUUUAGAGAAGCCUGCCUCUACUGUCGAGAAAGUUCAAACUAUUUCGAAAGAAGAGAAAAAGGUAGACAGCGCGAAUGAAUAUCUGCUUAUCGAUACAGAAAAGAAGGAACAAACCAGCGCACCGGAGACCGGCGAAUCCGAAUUCGAAUCUGAGGUGGAAGCGUCGCCGGUAAAGAGUUAUAAGCCAGUAAAACAGGAGGUGAAAAGAGAAAGAAUCGAAGAAAUUGAAAUCACGUCAAAAGAAAGAUUUCCCAGUAUCGGUAUCGACGCAUGGUUUAAUCCUGAGAGACUGAAUCCGAAAGUCGCAGAUUUAAUCUACUGGCGCGACCCAAAGAAGUCAGGCCCUGUUUUUGGAUGCAUACUUGGUGUGCUCCUCUCGCUGGCCUAUUUCAGUCUGAUCAGCGUCCUCGCUUAUAUAUCUCUCCUCGUUCUCACCGGCACCGUCGCGUUCAGGAUCUACAAGACCGUCUUUCAAGCGAUCCAGAAGACAUCCGAUGGGCAUCCUUUCAAGGACAUUUUGCAGCUGGACUUGACAGUGCCAGCGGAAAAGGUGCACGAAGUUGCGGACGUAGCCGUUGCACACGCAAAUGCGGCGGUCAGUGAACUUCGCAGGCUCUUUCUCGUCGAAGAUUUCGUCGAUUCGUUGAAAUUCGGCGUCCUUCUCUGGUGCCUCACCUACGUAGGUUCUUGGUUCAAUGGCAUGACUUUGAUAAUCAUUGGAGUAGUUGCCCUUUUCACGCUACCAAAGGUGUAUGAGACGAACAAGGCACAAAUCGAUCAGAAUUUGGCCUUGGUCUACGGCAACAUCAACGAGCUCACCGCAAAGGUGAAAGCCGCGAUACCGCUUGGUAAGAAAGAACCAGCGAAGGAAGAGUAAAUUGUAGAAUACCUGUACCACCACCACGCGGGGGCAAAGAGUUUUAGCAAAUUUGUCGGGCAACUGAAGAAUCCAAGAAUCCAAGAAUCCACGUGUAGAAUAGCCAUGGGUCAGAGAAUGAACGAUACAAACGAUCCGAAAUGGUCGCGUAAACAAACACAUCGGCGAAAAAACUACGAUAAACUCGGGAAGUCGCGGUCAGAGAGAUGGGCUGAUAGUAGACAGAGAAACAGAGGAGAAGGAGAGACCGAGAGAUGGAAAGAAAGAAACAGGGAGAGAGUGUGUGCGUGAAAGAGAGAGAAAGAGGGUGAGAGGAUAGAGAAAGGGAGGAAGGGGGAUGGGGCAAGAUUCGUAACAGUCGGAACGAAACAUAUACAAACUGGUAAGAAAAGAAGGACAACAGGAAAUGAAGAUCGGUUUAUCGUUAUUGCGGAUGGAAGAGGAUUCACCCGUAUACGGAGGUCUCUUCUUCACGGUUAAACAGCGACGGCUGGAUUUCAUUGUCCGACGGAUAUCCCGUAAACGCGAGUUUUCCUUUUUCGGAUUUGCACGGUGUCCCUGUUGAUGGAAAUAAAAACGGAAAGAAGUAACAGUUUAGCGAUUAUGUUAAUUCGUUGCGACACGAGCGAAAUGAUAGAGUUCUUUAUACUCUAUACCACAAUUCUCUACGAACCAUGAACGGUGCAAUGUGUGCGCGCGCGCGUGUGUGUUUCUCUGUGUGCGUGUGCGUGUGUCUGUUUAUCUGUGCGACUGUACGUGCGUGCGUGACUGCGUACGCGUGUAUGCACUAGGAGUUUACCAGGUUUUUUCCUCAUUUAUUUUCAAAUUUUAUUUUCUCUCCCAUCUCCCACACCACGGCUCAAAUUGAUUUUCCUUUUUGAAAUGUAGGUUGAUAUGCGAUUCCAUCCAAUGUUCCGCAGUUAUUGAGAAUUUAAGUUUACGAUUUAAUUAAUGCGUUUCACGAGAAACGUGGCGACAAUUUUCCGUUGGAAAGAUGACUAUUGGUGCUUACUUAUUUUAUUUAUUUUUGUUUUCGUUUAUAUUUGGUAAGGACAAGGAAUUCAUACAUUUCACCUACAAGGGAAAUGGGUUAAAAUGUUACACAAGCUUAUGGAGGUAUGUAACGAUAUGUUUCGUUAAGAAGGCAAUGAAUAUUUUUAGCUUUUUCGAUUAAUUUUGUUGUUAUUAGGAAUCUAAAUAAUUUCUGUUACGGGAAACUGGUUUAAAAAUCAUUGUUUUAAUGACUUGUUCAAAUGCAAUUUCCUAAGCUCAAACUAUUUCAAAACCGUGUACGCUUUUGGCAUAUGGUUUUUUUUAUAAGAUUGCAUUUAGGGUAAGUGACUUUAUGAAUGUUUAUCGUUUUCUACCUUAGCUUAGAUCAGUUUCCUGAAUUCUUUAAGUCGAACACUAUCACUUGGUACGCGAUGCGAAUAGACGACAUACUUUUUUAUUUGUUUGUGCCGUGGACGGCGAUUAAAGUUGAGCGGAAAUUGAGAUUUAUUCAAUAAACGAAUCGAACAUUUCGAACAAAGCAUCUCAUUUUUUCAAGCAGUAUCGGUGUCAUUGGAAUAAUAAUUAUAGAUAUUGUUGAGUAUUCGAAUGCGAAUGCGAAAUAUUACGGCUUGACACAAAUCAGCCACAAUGAAGAUAAUCUGAAAAUGACUUUUGCUUUUCUAGCUGCUUUUUAAUCGUUUUUUCGUGUCAUCUUUCCAACGCUAUUUUUAGAAAUCAAUUAUUUCUCGCGUUGUAUGGUAUACGAAAUAUUGUUUUCGUUCACAGAAUGUAAAAAAUCUUCGCCAUCGAAGUCAUAUGAAUUAUUAAAGAAUGGACACAAUCGAAAAGCAUAGAUUACACAUGAUUUUUUAAUUAACUGUUAAAUCGUAUGGUUCCUGAUUUUUUCAUUAACAACCAUUACUUUGUAAGUCCGAGCAACAGAGAAGUCGAUGAAAGACAAAAAUAAUGAAAUGCGAUCAUUUGUGAGUACAUUGUACGUGGUUAUCGCGAGACGUAUUAAUUAAAAAAAAAACCCUUUUUUUCUUC